AUAGUAGUUGUAGCUAGAGUGCUCGCGUGUACUGACACGUCUCGGCUUAUAACAGUUUACAACGGUAACGCGGUGUGCGCUUUACGCUCAGCUCCAGACCUUCAGCGAAUCGAUCGGCAGAGGUACGUGGAUGGGUGUGGGAUCCCCGUCCGGUGGACCAACCCAACCCUGGAACACCACGCAUUUGUUACGCGUAAGCUCCAUCUGAAUAUGCGCGCGCGGUGCUCCCUCCGGAACCUUUUCCCACCACCUUCCUGUCAUCCCUGAUCCACCGUCGCCUUUCUCCCGCUCGAUCUCCGUCCCAUCCUUUGUGUUGGUUGCGCGUUCAUAACCGACGAUCGACGAGCCAUCCCCAUUCCCCCCGAUCGACGCCGAUAAGUACACUCCCUCGAGUGCCACCCGCUAAACCCUCCUAAACCUGCUCAGCUGCUUCAUCAGUUCUUCACCGUUCGCUCACGUGAUCCCACGCACAUCGGCCCUCGCGGUCGUCGAAGCAAAAGCAAGAAUGGGAGCCGCGUCGUCGAGGGAGGCGGAAGCGGCCCGGGCGGCGGCGCGGGAGCACACGAAGCGGUGCCGGGAGCGGCGGCGGCUCAUGCGGGAGGCCGUGCGGCUGCGGCGGCACCUCGCGGCGUCGCACGCCGCGUACCUCAGGUCGCUCGGCGCCGUGGCGUCCGCGCUCAUGCGGUUCGCGGUCGGCGAGCCGCUCCCGGUGUCCGACCACACCCCGCCGGCCGUGCUCGUGCACCGCGAGGUCGCCCCGUCCUCGCCGCCGCCGCUGCUCCGCGCCAUCGAGCAGCACCAGCGGGAGCCGCAGGAGCAGCAGCAGCAGCAGCAGCAAGAGGACGGCGUUUCUGUUGACGUCGGCGCGGCGGCCACGCGGACAGAAGGCGUCGGCGCGGCGGCGACGGCCACGCGGACUGAAGGCAUCGUCGGCGGGGCAGAGGAGGAGCUGAGGAUUGUGGUCAGGCACCGCAGCCUCGCGGAGGUCGCGGCGGGGCUGGAGGAGUACUUCAUGAAGGCCAGCGCCGCCGGCGACGUCGUGUCGAGCCUGCUGGAGACCAGCACCACCGAAUACAAGGGUGGCUCGCACAGCUUCCUGGGCGCGCUCUGCUGCGUGUCGGCGCCAGCGGUCGACCGCGUCGACAGCAUGGGAGGCCGGCAGAGGCACAGCUCCACCUUGCAGCAGCUCCUGGCAUGGGAGAAGAAGCUCUACAAGGACGUCAAGGCGAGGGAGCGGCUGCAGAUCAGGCACGACAAGAAGCUCGCGGUGCUGCGCGACCAGGAGUACAGCCGGAAGAUCGGCGUGGACAUCCAGAAGCUCAAGUCCGCGUGGGACAGGGCGCGCGCGCAGCUCGACACCGCCACCCAGUCCGUGGACGCGACCGCGUCCGCCAUCGCCGAGCUCCGGGACACCCACCUCGCGCGCCAGCUGCUGUGCCUCUUCCACGCCACGCUCGACAUGUGGCGGACGAUGCGGCGGCACCACGAGGCGCAGGGCCGGAUCGCGCAGCAGCUGCGCGGCCUGAGCAGCCGCACGUCCACGGAGCCCACGACCGAGAUCCACCACAAGGCGACGCGGGCGCUCGAGGCCGCCAUGAGCACCUGGUGCGCCACCAUGGCCGCGACGGCGAAGCACCAGCGCGACUACGUCCACGCCGUCCACGGCUGGCUGAAGCUGACGCUGGCGCCGGUCAGCGGCGGCGGCACCGGGGCGGCGGUGUCGUCCCCCGUGGCCGCGGAGCUCGCCGCGUUCGCCGAUCGGUGGGGGAAGGUGCUCGACCGCGCGCACUGCGUGGAUGUGCUCAAGGCCAUCAAGGGCUUCGCAGCCGCCGCCCACGCGGUGCACGCGCUCCAGGGCGACGAGCUCCGGGUGGCGGCGCGCAUGCGGCGGCGCUCCCGGGAGCUGGACCGCAAGUCCCGGAUGCUGCGGCAGGUGGAGAAGAGCUACUACGACUCGUACCUGCCCGGGGGCAUGUCGCUGUGGCACUGGGGGAGGCCGAUGUUGAGGGAGGACCACCUGCAGGCGCGCGACGCGCGGAACGAGGUGGCGCAGCGGAGGGACGAGAUCGAGGCGUGCCGGAAGAUGGUGGAGGACGAGAUGAGGAGGCACGCCAAGGCCAUCGACGCCACCAGGACGGCCACCGUCACCUGCGGGCAGGAGAAGCUGCCCGCCGUGUUCCAGGCCAUGGCCGCGUUCUCGGCCGCGCUCGCGGACUCGCUGGAGGCCGUGUGCAGGGCUCCACUACAGCAGAACACCCACACGCAGCAGUAGCUAUACAUCCGUUCAUUCUUUUUUUUGCGUUUGCAUUUUUCAGUUUUUCGCAUCUAUACAUACAUUACAAAAUGCAGAGAGAGAACCAAAUAGGAUUUAGAAAUAGUGAAAUACGAUAGACACAAGACAGUAGACAUUACCCUUUUUUUGCCUGUGUAUUCUUAAUCCCUGUACCUGCAUAAAAUCCCAGCAUAAAUUUUUCUUUGGUUGACUAA